AGAGUUUUAAAUAGACUGGAGGCAAGACGUUGAACUAUUCGAGUGAUUAUAAACAGUUUGUGAUGUUGUGUAACAUUCCAAUGAAAAGCAAUAAAACAAAUAAUUGAACACCUAAUGUAUAUGACUUCAAUUUUAUCUUAUCUACAACGUAAUUUUAGGAAGUGUGAAAUACAAAAAUAGUUGAUAACAUAAAUACGUAACAAGAAAAAGUAUGAAAGAUAACAACAAUAGUACUAUUCAAGGCAUAUUUCAAGAUUUGAUAAAAAAUAUUCAAAUAGACAACGAAGUUAAACAUGUAUCAGACGAAUUUUCGAAGAUAUCUUCUUGUUCAGAGAAGGUAUCUUUUGUGUACGCGCUUUUAAAACGAUAUAACCUUUUACCUGGAUUAAUUGUCGACGAGAAAAGAAACGAAGUUGCUAUCAAAUUAAGAGAACAUGGAAAUCAAAAAUUUAAAGAAAAAAAACUGAAAGAGGCGUUAGAUUUAUACACCAGUAGUUUGGCGUACGCCGAGAAAAAUUCUGAGCAUUAUCCAAAAGCGAUAGCAAACAGAUCCGCAGUAUUAUUUGAACUGGAAUUAUAUGAAGAAUGUAUAAAGGACAUUGAAACAGCUUUAGACCACAAUUACCCAAAAGAAUUACAGCCGAAGAUCAUUAAAAGGAAUGAAAUCGCUAAAUCCAAAAAGACAACCAAUGAAAAAAUACAUUAUUUCCAACAAAUUCCUGUAAUACCAAAAGAUUCCCAAUCAACUUCAAUUCAAAGCGCUUCGAACAUUUUAGAAAUAGAAAUAUCAGACGUGCAAGGCAGAUACGUAGUAGCCAAAGAAAACAUCGAAAUCGGUGACGUUCUAGCUGUUGAAAAACCGUUCUGUCAUGUAUUAGCUUCAGAAUUUUUCACUCAUUGUCACGAAUGCUUAAAACUUUGCUACAACCUGUUACCAUGCCCGAAUUGCACGCAGGUACUAUAUUGUAGCAUAGAAUGUCAAAAAAAUGCUAAAAUCUAUCAUGUAUACGAAUGUAAAAUAUUAAAGACUUUGCGGAAUUUGAAUUUAGAUAAAUUGAAGCUUUUGCCUCUAAAAAUAGCCAUAUCGGUGAAAAACAGUUACAGUUCAAUUAGUCAUAUUAAUGAGGAAUCGGAAAGUUUUUAUAGGUCCGACAGAUAUAAGGAAAUUCACAAUUUAAUUUCAAAUACUCAGUCUCGCACGGUAGCUGAUUUAUUUGAAAGGUCCACGACAGCAGCUAUUGUUUUCAAUUUAAUACAUAAACACACGAAAUUCUUCAAUUCAGUACUAGAGGAGAGCAUUUUCAAAGAAUUAUAUUUAAGGCAUUUGCAAAUUGCUCCAUGUAAUUUCCACGAAAUAUCAGAGUUACAUCAAAAUCAAGACGAUUAUUUUGAAGCCCAAGAAAUAGGUGCUGGUGCUUUUUCGUUUUUGAGUCUGUUUAAUCAUAGUUGUAAUCCAAACGUAGUUAGACACUGUUAUGGAAAUGUUGUUGUUUUAAGAGCUAUUAGAAGUAUCCACAAAGGUGAACAACUCUUUGAUAAUUAUGGGUAUCAUUUUGCCUUGAUGCCCAAAGAAACCCGGAAAACUAAUUUAAAAAAGCAAUAUUACUUCGAGUGCAACUGUUAUGUGUGUGAGAAUAAUUGGCCCCUACUUCACAAUUUACCAGCGUUAAAAUAUGAUACAGGAGUAACUGAUACAGAUAUCGUUCAACUAAGAAGAGGAGAUGAAACAAUAACGACGAAUAUAAUUAGAAAACUUCUACCGAAAUUUAAACAAUUAGAAUCAAUUCAACCGAACAGAUUAUUUUUUGAAAUGCAAGAAGUCCUGAAGCAAUGUUAUGCGUUAUCAGGAAAUAUUAGAAGAAAAUAAAAUAUCUAAAAGGAUAACUAUUAAACAUAUUAAAAUUAUUAAAUUAAAAGAAUUAGUCUGGCAAAGUAAUAAUUAUGACAUCCAGUUCAAGUCGUUUCGGUAAUAAUUGAAAUGGAGAUAUCCAAAUGAUAGAAAAAAUAAAACAAUUUUUAGUUUUUUAGGGGUAAAUAAUAAUUGUAACAAAUGGUAAUUGUAUCAUUUACCCCUCACAGCUCCAAUUACCUUGAAAAUUUAGUAUCACAGCUCCGAUAACUUUCAAAAUUCAAUAUUCAAAAUCUACUUUGGUGUAUGAAUUGUAACCAAGUCUUUACCAGCUAUAUUAUGAGCGGUUUCUUAUUGGGAACGUGGCAAUGAAACACCAACGUGGACUAACUUUAAUAUAUUUUCCGAGCUUUCGAAAUAUUUCAAUUAUUCAAUAUUUCUAUCAACGUCACUUUGAAUAUUGACUUUUGAAUUCUAUGAAUCUAAAAUUUUUAUAAGAAUUUAUACAACUCAAAACCACCGCAAAUCUUAAUUAAUUAUUUCUCAGUCGAUGAGUCGAUGAGUAAUCGAAAGCUCGGAAAAUACAUUAAAAUUAGUCUACUCUUUGGUAUUUCAUUGUCACGUUCCCAAUAAGAAACCGCUCAUAAUAUAGCUGGCAAAGUUUUCGAUACAAUUCACUUCAAAAUAUCAAAAUAUGAUAUUUGAUAAAAAAUCACAGAAAAGUCGAAACGUCAAAUUUUAUCUUUCUUCCAAAAAUUAUUAAACAAACUAAUUUUAAAACGGAAGAGACUUAAAAUCAAGAACAUUUAGUUGCUUUAAUAUAUCAAAAGAAAUAAGAAAUUGAAGAAAUAUAUAGCGUUUUCAUGAAUUAUUGAGAUUUUUUCAAGGGACUGGCUGCGUAUCAAAGAUUUGAUCUAAGGUUCAUAUCCAUGCUAAUUUCGCGGGAAAUUUGAAAAUAACUCGAGUAAUUUUAAAUGCUCGAAGCUAGUUGUCGCAUCAAAUUGUGAAUGAAACUAAAGUAUUAUGCAAACUACUUUCAUUUUGCUAACAUUUCAAAUUUAAAUAUUGUUGUUUACAAGAAAAUAUAAGUACCUGAAAUAAAAAUACUGUUUAAAUGAAGUAUUUUGUAAAAUAUUUUGGUUUCAUUCAGAAUUUAUGUGACAACCAGGUACGACCAUCUAAAUUUCGCAAUUAAAUGGUUUAUAUAAGAUAUAGGUAGAUGCAAUAUUGAAACACAGGAUGAUUAUUUUAAUUUUUAUUUUGUUUUUGACAUUUUGUAACUAUAUCCACAAACAAAAAAUUUUCCUUCACACUUUAGCAGGCUUAGGACUGUCAACAGUGAGAUGUUGGCGUCUUUAAAAAGUGUUUCUGUUUGUACAACCUAACCUAACCUGCCGUUGGGGUUUGUACCAAUUGGUUCAAAACGAAUAUCACAUAUUCUAUGUGAUGAUAAUACUGUAUCUGCAAGCAUUAAUUUGGGGUUAUUUAUUCUUUGCAACCAAAUUCUGCCAACGUCUUCAUUCGUAGGAAUGGAAUGUCUAUAAAAAAAGUAAAAUAAGGAUAAAAUCAUUAAACAAAAUGAUUUCCUAAAUACAAAUUAAUGAAGUUAAGAAGAAAAGGGUUAUUCUCGUAUAGAUAUGAACUUGAUUUCAAUUUAAAUAUUUUUAUGUUGAUAAAUAGUAAAAAUCACCUUAUCGCUUGCUUAUUCGUGCAUCCUGGUACACAGCAGGCUUUUUCUCGUUUACUCAUAUUGACUAAGUAAACACGACAGCACAAUUCGCAACAAAUAAUAACUUUCAAAUGCACAAAAAUGCAAAUAGCUAAUAAACAAACAAUAUCAAACACCUGUGCAAGAUGGACGUUGUUCAUUCAAUAAUCUUGGUUGCUUUGGUAAGCUUUUAGAUGUAAACCGAUAACAUAUAUGGCGUUGAAAAUCGUCCUAAGCUUCUCUUAUUCCAGUGCACAGGCCCUGUCCGGAAUCGUUUUAGCUACACUGCGCGCCAGCGAAAACAGGCCACCUCAAAAAUUUACGAAAUUGUUCAAAUUUUUACAUGUAGCUUAUUUUUGUUGUAAUAAAUGUAUGAUGUAUUUAUGCAAUAAUGCAACACAACAAGAACGGAACAUUACUAAUUGUGCUGUAAAUAAUAAUGUAAUUUCGUUUUAUUAAAAUCCAUACAUUAUAAAGUGUAAAUCCAUAUCCAUUAAUUUUUUGCAUCAAAUAUAUUUUAUGAAAAAUAGCAAACAAUAUACUAAUUCACUUUAGACUAACAGCCACGAUUAUGGUCUAAUUUGACUUUACUUGAUCCUACUAUACUAAGCAAUUGUUGAAAUGUUUCCUUAUUCAUUAACAGAUAAUUAAGAUGCUAUUCUGGAUCCCCAAAUCGUCCAUAUUGCAACAAAUUGUUUCUUGUUCUUUUCCUCGAUAAAUGUCCCGGACCAUAGAUCUUUUUCUUCACUUUCAUUUUCUCUUUUAUCAAAAGAAGGGUUAACAGUGAAACAGUUCUCAAAAAGCAGUCUGGCACCCAGCAUGUGCACAGUUUGUGAAACUGUAACAUUUCGAAAACCCACGUCUUUGCUGUCAAAAGCCGAAUCACUAAUCGUAUCUCACAGUCAGCAGGCUGAUCGAUUCUGUACUUACUACGAGGCAACAGUACAAAUGCAAACGGCGUCGUUUGACGAACCAAACAUGUUGGGAUGAUGUCUAAAUUCUUAAGGCCAAAUAAGCAGAAAAUUCUUGCCUAAAUUUUCACUUAUGAUAGAGUACAAAA